AUGACCUGCUCACCGCAACCGCAACCGCAGCACCGCACACGCACCUCCGUCUCGAUCCUGAUCCUGGAAACCGACGUCCUCCCAGCGUCGGCAGGCAAAGUUUCCACAGCGUUCGAAAAGCUCUUCUCGCGCGCCGGCGCCGAGCAGCACCCGCGCAUCGAUGUCGCCGUCACGCCGCACUACGUUGUCGACUGCGAGCUGCCGCCCGUAGAAGACCUGCAGAAGUACGAUGGCGUGCUUAUCACCGGCAGCAAGUAUGAUGCGCACGGCGAUGAUGCGUGGAUCAUGAAAUUGGUCGAGUGGAUACAAGUGGCGUGGAGGAAAUACCCCGAUACACGGUUCACGGGCGUGUGCUUCGGGCACCAGAUCCUUGCGCGGGCGGUGCUCGGCGCGACAGUGAAGAAUCAUCCGACAACGUGGGAGCUGGCGGCGACCGAGGUUGAGCUGUCGUCGCUCGGGCGGGAGCUAUUCGCCACCGGGCAGGAGACGCUGGUGCUCCACCAGAUGCACCAGGAUUACGUGGACCUCGAGUCGGACGAGUCGUGCGAGCGCGGCUGCGGCGGUAAGGACCUCAAGCCGAAUGUUUGGGGGAGCAGUAAGGACUGCCCCGUACAGGGUUUCUAUGUCCACAAGAGGAUUUUUACUACCCAGGGACAUCUGGGAUACGAUGAGGUUAUGGUUAGGGAGAGUAUUGAAGAGAUUCAGGAGCGGGGCGGGUUACCGAGGGAUAAGGAGGUGGAGGCGGCUAAGGAGGCGGGGGAGUUGGAGCAUGAUGGUGACAUAGUUGCUGGGGCGAUUUUGAGGUUCUUGGCGGAGUGGGACGAUGAUAUUAGGCCAUGA